AUAUAUAUAUCCGGGAGGUCAUUAUUUCCAAGAGAAUAUGAAAAGAUGGAAAAGUCUGACACCUGGAAGUUGUACAAGAAUCUGGUGCUCCGAAAUGUUAACAAUUACUUGGUCUAGGAGAACGAGAGAUUUUCCUAACCGACACCUCGACCAGGUGCGCACAAGAACGGUGUGCGAGUGAACAUUUAGUCAAGAGUCGGGGGUCGCUCCUAAAGUGACUUGUUUGAGAAAUGAGCGAGUCCUUUAUUCUGUGUCCGACAGAAAUUAAGAUUUAUCGAGAGGUGGAUUAUCCAUGAUGAGACUCCUGCGCUUAGCUUUUCUGGUUGCUGGAUUUUGGGCAGUUUCCUUGGCGAACCGAAACUGUCCCGACUUGAUCAUCGACAGCUGCCGCUGCGCAGCUGAUCGUCCCAAACAGCUGGAGCGGCAAAAUAUUCGUAUAAAAGUCGUGUGCAACAAUGUUGAGUUAUUGGAAACUUUGCAGCCCGGAUUUCUGCCCAACAAAACAGUAUCUCUAAUUCUCAGCAACAACAAAAUUUCCUUACUUAAGAAUGGCUCAUUCUUUGGCCUCCAGUUCCUGGAAAAACUGGAUUUGAAGAACAACUUAAUUAGUACCAUUGAGCCUGGGGCUUUUCGUGGAUUGACAGAGCUGAAGUAUUUGGAUUUAUCUAACAACAGGAUAGGCUGCUUCUCUCCUGAAAUGUUUGCAGAUCUCAGUCACUUAUCCAGAUUAUAUCUAUCAGGUAACAUUUUCUCCACUCUUCCUGAAGGACUGUUUGCUGAAUUAACUGCACUAAAAUUCUUGUAUUUUGGCACAGAAACUCUGUUCUGUGACUGUAACCUGAAAUGGUUAUUACAAUGGACAAGAAAUCAUUCUGUUAGAAUUGGAAAUGAAAGUUUAUGUGCUUAUCCAAAUUUUUUACGUGGAAUAGAAUUACGCGCUUUAAAGGAAAAUCAAUUGAAUUGUGAUGGUCCUCUGGAACUGCCUUUAUUUCAGCUGAUACCAUCUCAAAGACAGAUAGUUUUUCAAGGAGAUCGCCUGCCUUUUCAGUGCACUGCCACAUACAUAGACAGUACAACCAUGGUGCAGUGGUAUCAUAAUGGAAACUUUAUAGAAACAAAAGAAGAGAGUGGAGUAUUUGUUGAAGAAAAUAUAGUUCAUGAUUGUUGUUUAAUUACCAGUGAACUGAUUCUUUCCAACAUUGACGUCAUGGCAUCAGGAGACUGGGAAUGUUUGGUCACCAGCUCCCGUGGGAACAGUUCCAGCAAGGUGGAGAUUGUAGUUCUGGAAACUUCAGCACCAUAUUGCUCUGCAGAACGGGUCAUCAACAAUAAAGGAGAGUUCAGGUGGCCAAAGACACUUGCAGGUAUCACUGCAUUCCUACCCUGCAUGCAGUAUCCUUUUGGCACUGUGACCUCUAAUGGCAUCUUAAAGGAAAGGAGAGCUUUUCGUAGAUGUGACCGAGCUGGUCACUGGAUGGAGGAUGAUUAUUCUGAAUGUCCUUAUUCCAAUGAAGUGACACGUGUACUCCAUGCUUUUAGCCAGAUGUCAAUCAAUACAACCAAUGCUCUAGCAUUUGCACACCAGCUAAUGGCAUAUACUGGAGGUGCUGCACAUUUUGGAGACAUGAUGGAUAUAGUUUUUGUAGCACAUAUGUUGGAAAAACUUAUGGCCUUUGUGGAUCGCCUCAAAGAUUUGGGAGACUACAUAUGUGAUGUUGCAAGUAAUGUUAUGCUAGUAGAUGAGCACAUUCUAUGGAUGGCACAAAAUGAAGCAAGGGCCUGUACUAGAAUUGUUCAAUGUGUGGAACAGAUUGCAGAUAUUGCCCUAACCACCAACACUCAGGUUAUCUCCAAGGUUUCGACUAAUAUUGUUAUGGAGGCUUUUGUGAUGAAACCAGCAAGCUUUAUGGGCAUGACGUGCACAGCUUUCCAAAAACUACCUCUGAAUUCAGACAGAGCAUUGAUCCAUGAUGUGAGCAGGAGGGAUUGGGAGUCAGACUAUCGUGAAGAUGCACAGCUGAAUUUCAAAUGUAACACUGGCAAUCUGAGCACUUCUCAUAUGAACUUCCCAGUCAAGAAUACCGUGGCAGUUGCUUCCAUCCAGUUACCGGUGACAGUUACACCUAGCAGCUCCCCGGCUCUACAAUCUGUUGAUAAUAGCUCCACUUGCAAGCUCUUGUUUGUGGUAUUUCGAAAUGGGAAACUCUUUCCUAGCACGGGAAAUUCAUCCAAUCUUGCAGAUGAUGGCAAACGAAGAAGUGUUUCCACACCAGUUGCUUUCACCAAAUUAGAUGGGUGCAGCUUCGGGAACAUCUCGCAGCCCAUUACAGUCGCUCUCAGGCACUUCUCGUUGGGUGUAGACCCAAUAGCAGCCCACUGGGAUUUUGACCUUCUAGAUGGACGCGGAGGCUGGAGGGGGGAUCGGUGCCACAUAACUGGCUCUGCAGGCAACAUCACAACCCUUCGCUGCACAAACAACAAUAACUUUGCAAUCCUCAUGGAUUUCAAGACAGUGCUACCUUUUCCUCCUUACCCAGGGGAGUAUCUACACCCUGUUGUGUAUGCCUGCACAGCCGUCAUGUUGCUGUGCCUUUUUGCCUCUAUUAUCACCUAUAUCGUGCACCACAGCACAAUCCGAAUAAGCAGAAAGGGCUGCCAUAUGCUCCUCAACUUUUGUUUUCAUACUGCUCUAACAUUUGCUGUGUUUGCUGGAGGCAUUAAUCGCAUAAAAUAUCCAAUCAUCUGCCAAGCCGUUGGCAUUGUGCUGCACUAUUCAACUUUAUCCACAAUGCUUUGGCUUGGAGUUACUGCAAGAAAUAUUUAUAAACAAGUGACAAAGAAACCCCAUCAUCACCAAACUGGUGACCAGCCUGUUCGUCCAAAGCAGCCACUUUUAAGAUUUUAUUUAGUUAGUGGUGGAAUUCCUUUCAUUAUAUGUGGGAUUACUGCAGCAACCAAUAUCAACAACUAUGGCAGUGGAGAUGAAGCACCAUACUGUUGGAUGGCGUGGGAACCUAGCCUUGGAGCAUUUUACGGUCCUGUGGCAUUUAUCGUUUUGGUCACUUGCAUAUAUUUCCUCUGCACAUUUAUACAACUAAGACGUCAUCCUGAACGGAAAUAUGAACUGAAGGAAAUGACCGAGGAGCAGCAGAGAUUAGCAGCCUCAGAAGUAGGCCACUGUCACAUGGCGGAUACAGGAUCUGUGUCUCAGACCACUUGCUCUGUGAUUUCUGCAUCAAUGCUGGAAAAUGAGCACUCAUUUAAAGCUCAGCUUAGAACCACAGCAUUUACUUUAUUCUUAUUCAUCACUACCUGGACAUUUGGAGCUCUUGCAGUCUCUCAGGGUCAUUUCUUGGACAUGAUUUUUAGUUGUUUAUAUGGGGCUUUCUCUGUAACAUUGGGACUUUUUAUUUUGAUCCAUCACUGUGCAAAAAGGGAUGAUGUUUGGCAUUGUUGGUGGUCCUGUUGUCCAUCAAGAAGGAACACGUAUUCCGUGCAGGUGAAUGUCCGUCCAAAGGUAAAUGUGAAUGGAGAUACAAAGGUUCACUCUCACUGUCUCUUGGACUCUCCGUGUCCUGGAAAAGCAGUCCCAGGAUAUAACCAGUCAGUUUCUGGACCAUGCAAAUUAACCAAUCUUCAGACUGUGCAAAACCAUGUGAAUUGCCUUUCUCCUGUCACCCCAUGCUGUGCUAAUAUGCACAGUGAGCAACUUAUUGAUGAUGAACCCCACAUUCAUGUGCAUUCAGAGGAAAAUUUUCGGCCCAAUAUGCACAUCCAUAGAUGUCUCAAAAGUAGGACUAAACCAAGGCACUUUACACGUCACAGGACUGCAGGAGACCGGGAGUAUGCCUACCACAUCCCUUCCAGCAUUGAUGGGAGUGUUCACAGCUCUCACACGGACAGCCCACGCAGUACGCAUGAAGGCCACACCUGUCACCGACGAGCGUGCUGUGCUCAAGUAGACCCAUUCCCUACAAUAAGUCAGCCUGAAAGCAGUGAGGCCAGCACUGUUCUGUACGGCUGCAGUAAAAUGCCUGAUGAAGACACUGUGCACCAUACGGCCCAUUUAGAGAUGCACCCGCGGAGACAAUCGUUCCCUCAAAACCCACCCAAUCAGAAUGGAAUGCUAAAAGGAAGUUUGCAUGAAGGGCUUAUGUACAGUUCAGAUAGUACAGGAAAUAUUAGAACUGGCCCGUGGAAAAAUGAAACUACUGUGUAGUUUAUGGGCUUUGAAUUACCUUCUUCUUUUGAAGUAACUCUGCAUUCAGUUCCUGUACUCUUUUAUUUUGUGUCUGUUUACAUAUUUUUAUUCAGUAGUUAUCCUCACCAUGUUUGUAUAACAACCUCACUAAAAGUGCAGUAUUAUUCAGUUCAUUUCUCUGUCGGUUACACCAUUUUUCUUUUCACUUCUAAUGAAUUCAAAAGGGCACGAGUGAAGCAAUGCAUUUAACCUCAAAUAAUAUUAAAACACACACACACACACUUGUAUUAAGAAUAACCGGAUGAAAUUAUGUAGAAAACAUUUGCUUGGCUACCUGGAUGUGAGACUUUUUACCUGAAUCACAGACUUGAUUUCCUUUUCUAUUUAAAAAUAUGAGAGUGUAUUUGUGUGUUUGUGAAAGAUGAACUAUUCCAAGAGGCAGUGUUCUCAGAACUGGAAUUAGAAUAUUUUUUUUUGUGUGUGUGUGUUUAUUCCUCAGUCAGGCACGUUGUGUAACAGAGAAUUUAGCUGUAUUUUGCUAAAAUUAUAUAUAUAUAUAUAUAUAUAUAUAUAUAUAUAUAUAUAUAUAUAUAUAUAUAUAUAUAUAUAUAUAUACACCAGCAGUCAAGAAUUAAUUGCAUUUUCUUUUCUUAACUUAUGCAUAUUAUACCGUGAAACAUCAUUAAAAAUGAAAACUCAUACAUUCCUUUUUUAUAUAUUUUUUCAUUAAGGCCGAUAAAGUAUACAAGAGAUGCUGCCUCUUAGAAAACUGUUAUGCUGCUUAGCCUGUAAACAAUUACAUUUAGUAUUCAGUCUGUGUAAUGUCUCAGUAUCCACCCAGAAAGAUGUAUUAAAUUACAUUGUCACUGUUAGAUCAAUGGUGCUUCAAUGGUUGUAUCUUGCAUGGCACAUGUCAGGGUAAACCAUUCGCUGUUUUAGUGUUAUAUGUGAAAAACAAGAGUAUUGUGAAAGGCUGUGAUAUAAUGUUGAUAUUUAAUGUUACAGCGUUAUGAAACCACAAAAAAUCACUGCACUAUCUAAUGUGGAAAGCCACAGUGUGUAGAAACAAUAUUACAGCAGUAUUAGAAAGCCACACUAGCGGUUGGUUGUUCAUUAUUUUAAUACAACGCAUGCAGUGCUUGUUGUAUGUAGCUAUGUACAGUGUUUCUGCAAUUGCUUCCAGUAAAAUCGGGAUCCAUAUUAGCUAAAUGAGUCUGUCCUUGAGAAUUACCUGUACUCUUUUAAACCACAUUUCUUUUAAUAUUUAUAGCUUUUUGGUUGUGCCUUUGCAGCAUUAGGUAAUGAAGGAUUAGAAUGUUUGUGGAGCCACUCCAUUCAGUCUGAUAAAAAUACAAAUAUAAUUUGGUCAGAGGUUUAUAUAUUUACUUUUACGAACCCUUACAUUAGGUGGUGUUUUGUCUCCCAACAUCUGACAUUGUAGUUUAAAUAUAGUCAUUUCUUCACAUAUUUGCAUGAUGUGUGAAAAAAGAUACUAAUGAAAUCAACAUAAAAAAAACUUGAUUAAAGGGGAGUUCAAAGUACAUGUCUCAUGAAACUCCUUUAAAGUAGCAUGAUAAUGGGUUUAAAACAUUCUGCAAUCAUUUACUUAUGUAACUGGUUUUAUUAUAUAUAUUUUUGUAUAAACAUGUUGACAUUCUUAUUUAAUAAAUAAAAGGAAAAAACUAAACUUAUGCAGGGUGUUCCACCAGGUAUACUAUGAUUAAAGUGUUGAUGAUUUUUCUCUCUUUAGAUGUUUUACUUUCAGACUGACAAUAUUACAUUUUGUUUUGCUGGAAAUGCUGUAGAUAACUGGGAUGGAGCAGCAGGAACAAAAAAUGUGUAUUUUCAAAGAACUUGUACUAGAAACAACUACCUGAAGGAAGAAGAGUCGGGUAAAUUUCAGGCAAAAAUAAUUCUUCCUGCACAUUUUGCCUUUUAUUCUUUAUCAGAAUGGGAACUACUCAAACCUGGUUAAGCAACAGUGUCUCUGGACUCUUUCUGUGUGUUUGACCUCUUUUCAGUUUUACUUAUAAUUUACUUAGUUUUAUACUUGAAAUUUGAAUGGUGAAUUUGGGCUUUAUUUAAAAUUACUUUUAAUUAUUUUAUUUUAUUCUGUUUUACCAGGUCCCAUUAUUUGCCAAAAUCAAUUAAGUGUUGAGUGGACACUGCUGGUUUAAAAUAAAAAAAAAAAACAAUUUCUUCUUCCUUCACAACGAUAGCCUCCUCAUUCCUCCAUAGCAUUUUGAAAAAUACAAUAUGGAUCUGAGGAGAGUUAAAACGGAGGAGUUAUGACAGCAAGAUAAGUACAUGGCAAUAUUUCUUAAAAUACCAAAGGUAAAAGAAAUUCAAAAAAUAAAGUUAAACUGGGGUUUCAUUUACUGGUGGAAUUAACUUUCUGAUUACCAGAUUCAGAAUUUCCAACUUUCCUUCACUUCACAUUACUUCACAAGUAAUAAUUGUAAUAGUAAUGAGUGAAACAGGUAACUUUUAAGCCGCAUACACUAUUCAUUUUGCAGGCAAGUUUUAAAAUUGUGAAAUGCUCAAGUUUUUUGAGGUGUGGAAAGAAUGGAAAACUGCCAUUCAUACUUGCGUCUUUAUUAUUUUCUUUAGCUGCAUAAUGCACAUAAUUUAUUGUACACUAGUGAUAGAAAUUAUAUUUAUGCUCUCAUUCAAAUCACCACGGAAGAGUGCAAUUUUUUUUUUUUUUUAAAUGCAUCAUACUACAUAUUUUUCACACAAAAAUGCAACCAAAUGAGUCCGGUGUAUUUUUUUCACUAGAGAUCUUUUUUCAGAUACGAUACUAAAUGACAGGCAGAUGCAUGCAGAAUAAAUGUAUUCAAAUGCUUCCAGACAAGAGCAUUUUAAUUUCGCUGGAAGUGAAACAGUUUUUGUUUAACUAAUUGUUUGCUUAGGGAAACACUCAUUUUUUCUGUGAAUUGUUUUACUCAUUACUAAUUAUUAAAAAUAAUAAAAUGCAGAUCUACAGAUCAUAAUGUUACUGUCAUCUGAUAAUAGCUUAGAAAGUCAUACCACACAAAGUAUACAGUAUUUUUAGAGGCCAAAUUAGACCCAUUUGAAAAUUAUUGUUCGGAUAUUUUUGCUCCUGCAGUAAAGUCCUAGUCUGAAACUGAAAACAAAACUCAAUAUAAUGUGGAAAAAAACAACACCUAUUCAUAGCAUAGUUGCUGAGCCUCCCUGAAUAUGAAGGGGAGGUAGUGGACCUGAACCCACUAGGUUAAUGCUCAGUAUCUGAGUCCAACUGUUAUUUACUUUUUGUCUCUUUGUUUAUGAGCAUUUUUGUUUGUUUGUUCAGAUUAAUUUUAAAGUGUACAUUGUGAAAUGUUUCAUCAUAUCACACAUUACGUGCACUCAUCUGUAAUGUAUUAUCUUUGGCUACUAAAGUGAUACAAAAGCCUGCUUUCCAAUGCCAACGCGACAAUAUUUUGCUUUUAUAUGCAUAAUGUACAUUUUGAAAAUGUCAUAGAAACAGAUUGAUUUAUGUGUUUGUGAAUGUUGAUGUUUUGUAUUCUAAAUCAUUCUACCAUCACUGGGCAUUGCUCCACUGUUCCUUGCUAUGUAGCUGGUCAGAUAUCCUGUGUUAGGAUGAGGCAGUGCUACUGUGACAGACCCCAAAGUUGCCGUUCCACUUUUCUACAUCUCCACAAAUUCCAAUAAAUGUAUUUUUUCACCAUAA